AUGCCAUCAAUAUCCCCGCUCCAGUGUACCCUCCUUUUUGUAGCUCUCGCUUUCUUCGCCAACGUGGCCACUAGCUCAGAUGCUAUGGAAGUCAAGAUACUGAGCGGAAACUCCGAUCUGCUUGUUACUUCUUCUGCUGAUAUUACUGGUGGUACCACGGCAAAAAGAUUUUUGAGGCAAGCCGCCAAAGCAUCUCAGAAGAGCGUCAACUAUCCCAGCCACGACUCAGAGUCUGUUGCAGCGGAAGAACGUGGAUGGUUUACCAACCUUUUCGGUAGAAUCGAAAAUGCUUCGGAGUCAACCUUUAAAAAACUUUUGGGCAGCGGUAAAGCGAAACUGAAAGCGUUCGAGAAACUGGAAAAAAAAAAUACACUGACGCAAGGAAGGCCUAUAUGGAUUUCGGUGGCCCUAAUUUGCAUCCAGGAAGCUCCAAGUGGAAAUUCUUUAAACAAUUUGGUGAUUGGUACGAUAAAAGACCCUAGUCGUAGACCGAAAACAUGGAGAGUCACCUCCUCAGUGCUCACUAGAGCUCUGUGUGAUGCUACUCAAGAUUGUAAAGGAAGAACAGGAUUUUUUUCGCUUACGCAUUAUGUGCAUGCCGCUGUUGUUGGUAAUGUUUAG